UCCAAACUCGUGAAACCCUCAACACCAACCCCUUCAAACCUUAGUAACUAUAACAUCUCUUUCUUUGAUGAGCAAAUGCCCAAUAUCAACACACCACUCAUUCUUUACUACACCUCAUCACAAAACGCCCAAAAUGAUGUGCAUAUCAACACCAUUAAUCAUUUGGAAACUUCAUUAACCAAAGCAUUAACUGAUUUUUACCCUUUGGCUGGGAGAUAUAUGCGUCAUGGUGCAUUCGUCGAUUGCAGUGAUCAAGGUGCUCUAUAUGUCCAAGCGACAACAAAUUUCCGACUCUCAGACUUUCUAGGCCUAACGUGGGAGUUGAAAUAUAGUAUGUUACAAGAUUUUCUCCCGUGUGACAUAGGUGAGUCUGGUGAGACUGAUGAUCCGUUGUUGUCAAUUAAAGUCACAACUUUCGAGUGUGGUGGUGUUGCGAUUGGUAUGUGCUUUUCACACAAAGUUUCGGAUAUGGCCACUAUGUCCACAUUCAUUAACAAUUGGGCUGCUAGAAACCAUGAAACAUGCAAUUCAUUAGAACUAAGAAAAUAUUCUCCUAUUUUUAACUUUGCACAUGACUUCCCAAAAAGAGAUGAACUUGAUCUUAGUCCUAGAAUUCCAAGGUCAAGCUUUGGGGUAAAAGCUACUGUGCGAAUGUUUUCAUUUAAAGCGAAUGCAAUAUCAAAGCUGCGAGAAAAACUCACAUUCAAGGAUGAUAGGACACAUCGUCCCUCAAAGAUACAACUUAUUGUCGCAUUAUUAUGGAAGGCCUUAGUACACGUAGAUAAAGCAAACACCGGACAAUCAAAGGCGUCGUUUAUUCAACAAGGAGUUAACUUGAGGGAUAAAGUAGUCCCUAAGUUACCCAAUAACUUUUGUGGGAACUUUGUUAGUGUAGCAAUUUCACGAAUUGGGCCCGAUCAAGUAGACAACAUCGAUCUUCAAGAUUUCUUAAUAAUCUUGAAUGACUCAAUCAAGAAAAUUGAGGGUAAUUAUGCUAACGCAUUAAUGUUGACUAAAAAAGAAUAUAAUGUUUUGGUAGAGCCCUUUUUGGAGUUUAGUCGAAACAUAGCCAAUAAUGAUGUAAACUUCUACGCGUUCACGUCUUGGUGCAAGUUCUCAUUCAACAACGCGGAUUUUGGUUGGGGUAACCCAGUUUGGAGAAGCACCGGACAUUAUGCAGGCCAAAACUUUGUGCUCAUGAUGGAUGAUCAAGAAGGCGAUGGAGUCGAAGCAUGGGUUCAUUUAGAUGAGAACCGCUUGUGUCAAUUGGAACAAGAUCCGGAUAUCCAAGCCUACGCAAUUUAGGCUCGUUUACAUGAUCGUAUGUGAAUAUUCAUUAGUGCUUCCGAGUUAUCUAUGUUAUGUGGACACGUAAAAAAUAAAUUAUUGCAAUAACUACACAAGCUAACUAGUUCUAUACCCGUCCGGUGGACGGGUUUCUUAAUGUGAGGAUAAGUACUUUCUUCAUUGUAUUCUAAAUAAAACAUUAUUUGUUUAAAAAAAAACCAAUAUGUGUGGAAUACAAAUAGAACUCAUUACACUAA